ACAUUCCAACCUUCGAGUGAAUUGAAGUAUUUAUUCUCAACAAUUGUGCCUAUUAUAACUCAAGUUUUAAAACUUUACAAGUUCGUGACAAAAAUUAUUCUUGAUUGAAUACGAUUUAAUAAAUACCCAAAAAUAUACACUAAUAAUUUCGAAAUUGGUGAAGUGCUUGAAUAAACAGUAAUUAAUAAAAGAAUUGAAAUUUAAUCAAUAAAAAUGAGUUUCUUAAAAUUCAAGACUAAUGAUGAUGUUGAGUUCAAAGUUGAAGUUAAAGCAGCCAAGUUCUCAGUGAUGAUAAAAACUAUGCUAGAAGCUCUUCAAGACGACGAGAAUGAUGUGGUUAUUCCACUGCUAAAAAUUAAUUCUGUUACUUUUAAAAAAGUACUCGAAUGGAUAGAGCAUCAUAAAGACGAAGACCCACCGUUGAUAGAAGAAAACAAGAUCGAGAGGAAGAGGAGCGACGAUAUCAGUGAAUGGGAUAGUAAGUUCAUAGAUGUUGAUUAUUCCACACUCUACGACAUUGUCAGUGCUGCUGAUUACCUUCACAUUAUAGGACUUUCAGACUUAGUCUGUAAGAAAAUCGCAAAUAGCAUAAAGGAAGCGUCAAUACCUAAUUAUAAACAAAGGUUUGAUCUAGAUACUCAAGCAAGUUCUUCUUACAGUCCGAAAGAACCUUCAAAGCCUUCUCAUAGUCGAAGAGAUUACUAUACUCCAUCAAGCCCCACUUAUACUCCAUCAAGUCCGUCGUACUCUCCAAUGAAUCUUCCUUCUCAUAGCCAAACAAAUUCUUAUUCUCCAUCGAGUCCCUCUUAUUCUUCAAUGAGUCCGCCAGCAGAACCUUCUCAUAGCCGAACAAGUCACUACAUUCCAUCAAGUCCCUACUAUUCUCCAAUGAGUCCUCCUUCUCAUAGCCAAACAAAUUCUUAUUCACCAAUGAGUUCUGAUCAACCAACAGAACCUUCUCAUAGCCAAACAAAUUCUUAUUCUCCAUCGAGUCCCUCUUAUUCUCCAAUGAGUCCACCAGCAGAACCUUCUCAUAGCCGAACAAGUCACUACAUUCCAUCAAGUCCCUACUAUUCUCCAAUGAGUCCUCCUUCUCAUAGCCGAACAAAUUCUUAUUCUCCAUCGCGUCCGGCGUAUUCUCCAAUGAGUCCGCCUUCUCAUAGCUUAACAAAUUCUUAUUCACCAAUAAGUCUUGAUCAACCAACAGAACCUUCUCAUAGCCAAACAAAUUCUUACUCUCUAUCGAGUCCCUCUUAUUCUCCAAUAAGUCCGCCAGCAGAAUUUUCUCAUAGCCGAACAAAUUACUACAUUCCAUCAAGUCCCUCUUAUUCUCCAUCAAGUCCAUCGUAUUCUCCAAUGAGUCCUCCUUCUCAUAGCCGAACAAAUUCUUAUUCUCCAAUGAGUCCGCCUUCUCAUAACCGAACAAAUUCUUAUUCUCCAUCAAGUCCGUCGUACUCUCCAAUGAGUCCACCUUCUCAUAGCCAAACAAAUUCUUACUCCCCAACGAGUCCCACAAACUGCCAAUGAUUUUUUCAGUUUCUCGUAGUCGCCUUUUUAUAAUUAAAACCUAUUGCCUUAUUAUUAAUAGUAUAACAAUCAUAAAUUCUUA